GAGCUCUAAUCCCUGCCUCCAGCCCCCAGGAUGGCCACCGAGCAGUGGUUCUUGGGGCCGCUCCCCCGGGGCCCUACGGAAACGCAGCCCCCAGACGACUUCGAACCUGGAGCAGAGCCCUGUGGAGACCCCUCGUGGUCGACGCCCCCUGGCCAACCUGGGGACCCAGCCAAGGCUCAGCAAGAGGAUGUCCAGGAGCAGCUGCUGAAGUCCUCCCCCUCUACUCCUACCCCCGAGCCUCUGGCCCCAGGCCGGGGGCCCGUACCUUCUCGCCUAUCCUUGGACACCAUGUUCAGCCCCAUCACCGAACAGCUCCACUACCUGCUCAAAAAGGCAGAUGAUUUCCAAAGCUACUUAAUCUACAGCAGGGACCAAGUGCAGAAGGAACAGCUGGCAAAGGCUAUGCCCACCUUCUUAAAGAUGUGUGAGCCUUACUUCCUGUACCUGGAGGCAGCUGCACGGAGCAUGCCCCCCAUCUAUGGAGCUCUGCAGGAGCUGGUCCGAAAGGGGCUGUUAGAGAUCUCUCAACAGCUGACACUGCGCCUGGAACAGCUGGUGCUCAUGUAUGCCUCCUUUGGGUUCGUGGACCUGGAGGAAACUGACCCCCUAAGCAUCUCCUGUUUCUUCUGCGGGAGGUUCUCCAUCAGUCCUUCCCACGAGGUGUCCAUCUUCAGAUACUGUGCCCCUGCUGCCUACACUGCCAGCCGCUUCCCCCGGUACCUCUAUAAGAAGAUGCGCUGGAACCUGGAAACCACCUCAGAGCCCGGAGGACAGGGGCAAGACUCCCAUGUGGAUUACUACUUCCUGUGCUAUCGAGAUACGUGGGAAGACACAGGCAAGAGUCCAGCCAACUCGUGCCCCCAGAUUCAGAAGCUGUGGUCGAUCGGGCGAUGGGUGCCCCUAGGACCAGCAAAGGAUGACCUUUAUUCUUGGAUUUUGUGCCCGCAGCCGCCUGGGGACUACCAGCAGCUGCUGACCAUUGGCUUCGAGGAGCCGUCACACAUGCUGGCCACCGACCUGCUGGUGCAGAUCCUCACGGGCCAGGCAGGCCCAGCCCGGCCCCCGAGCACGGCCGACCCCGCGGCGUGGGCUGCGCAGGGGUCUUGAACCUGGAGAGUGUGAGAGCUGGAGCUUGACAGUUCCAAACUCCAGGAGAGGGGGCAGGGGAGGGGCUCAAUCGUUCUCCAAGUGCAGCUCGGCCUCACCUUCCAAGAGGCGAGGCCGAACUGGCGCGUCCACAUCGGG